AUGACAGAAGUGCUUUCUAUAACACAGCCGGAAGGCACUACGCAUUUCGGAUCUCCAUUGCGCCGCUCCUCUUCUCAGACAUCCUUUUUACUACAGAAUGCCUCCUCCUACUCGAGAUCAUCGUCAAACAUCAAACAAAGAUACGCAGCUGUGGGCUAUGAUACUUCAAAAUUCCCUGCUUCUCUGCCAUCCUCCGCUCCGUCCUCUCCACGACUGACCGCCCCAGAAUUCUCGAACCAGCCAUCCUACACAUCCACUCCUUCCAGUAGCUUAUCACUGGACGAGCAGUGCCAGACAGAAGAGGAGGACAUUGUUUUUCCAUUAUACGACGAUGGAAGCUACUAUGAGGAAAUGGUCGGUGCAAAUCUUCCGUUGAGUCCUGAACCUCCGGGCCUGGACGCUGUGACGAAAUCCGCCAGUGACUCUGCCCUCGCAAAGCCAACCUACCCUCACAACUCGGACGCCAAACCUACCGCCGGAGAUGACACGGCCAUCGAAAAUGAGCCUACCAGACAUGUCGAUUACCUGUCACAUAGUUGGAAAGAGGAAGAUAUAUGGGCAUCGUGGAGGCAUAUUGUGGCAAAGAGGAAAGCCUACACUAACAGCCCGAGACUGGAAAACGCAUCGUGGAGAACGUGGACAAAGUCCAAAUACCAGCUCAAGACCGUCUCGCCCGAAACAUUGAAUUGGAUGAAGGACCACGACGUAACGUGGUUAUACGGGCCUCUCCAGACCGGCAACGUCAAAGCUUUCAACCUAAAUCACACUCCGCCGGCAAGUCGGCUCUCGAGGAGCAAUUCCUUUGCAUCGAAGAAACCCAUCCUGAAGAAGCGGAGCUUGUCAGAAAUCAUGCUUCAACGGUCUCUGUCAUCGUCGACCCUAAUGAAGCAAGCUACAGAUGCCCUUCGUGCUCAGCAACCCCGGAAAAUCCUGCAUGAUAGGCCAAUGCUCGGCGACAGAGCAUUAUCUGACUUUGGCAUAUCGUCUGAACCCGAGACACCGUUCACGAGAUCCACAACCAACACGUCGUCAACCGAACAUUCUGAAUCAAUCUCUACAUCAGGUGUACAAACGCCUUGCACGAAACGACACAUACAUUUCAACAAUAAAGUGGAGCAGUGUAUCGCCAUCAACAAAGACGUUGAUGACCGCCCUGGGUACUACAAAGCUGUUCAUCAUGAUGAUGAUGAUGAUGAAGACUCCUCAGAAGAUGAGAUGCUCGUAAUGAGACCUGUCAAAAACGCUACCAAGGCCAAAAUCAGAAGCACACCAAGUACACCUCGAAAUAGCUUCAGCGGUGAUAGCAAAACUAUUGCUAUGCUUCCCUCCACGACCCUCAAUUACCGUGGCGAUACACCAGACCCUGCAGAGCAAAAGUCCAAACAGAAGGAAAAUCUCUGGAACGGAGGAUCGAUUUUGUCUCCGUCUCCAUCACAGCAGACUCUUCGACCUUCCUCUCCCUCCACAAAUUUUCUUCUCGACGAUGAGGACGAAGAUGCAGACAUCAACUGGCAGCCAUCUGGAUCCAGUGGGAGGAGAGACAGCCUGUAUCCUCGCCAUGGAUUACAGCUUGAUCCUUCCGAUGAAGACGCGGACGCGGAACACAGUGGUUUACGCCGAACGCCGUCCGGCAUGUUCAUGCCCUACGAGGAGGAGGAGAACGACGUAGGCAACGCUGGCCUCUUGGGCAGAGUCGUCGACACAGUAAACACUGCGAAGGAUAUAGCCCACGUUAUUUGGAACGUUGGCUGGCACAGAUGA